AUGCGAUACUCACGCAAAUGUGACAGAAAGUUAAAGUUUUCUUGCAAACUUUUCGUUCUGACUUUGACCUUCGUCGUUGUGAACUUAGUUCACACAUGUCAAUCAAAACGACUUGCAGACCUGAUUAAUUUAGGGUGUACCGUCAGAGACUUUUACAUUCCCAAUCUACUUAAAAUUCACUGCGACAACACUGGGUUGUACAGUAUCACUAAACUGUCACUAUCGCUGUUUGAGCUUUGGCUUCCGAAUAACCACUUGACGACUUUCCCGUGCAUGCAGCUGCCACAUCUGAGCAAGCUAGUCCUAACAAACAACAGCAUAACUCACUUCCCAUGGAACUGCUUGAAAGACAUGCAUCGGUUAAAUGUUUUAGAUCUUUCACGCAAUCGAAUUUUCUGCAUCAACUUAUUGCCUGUGAGAAGUUUCCAAAACAUUCUAACAAAAGUGGAUAUUUCCCAUAAUAAUAUAAGGACGUUGUCUUUGUGUGAUCUUGGGAUUGAUGUGAAAAACAAUACGUUUCCAUCGUUUGAGAUUACUUUGGGAGGAAACCCUUUCCAUUGUGACUGUGACAUAGCCUGGCUCAUCGACUUAACAAAGACAACCAAGAGAUGCCAGGAGGAAGUGUCGAUCUUUUGCCUGGACUUCCUUGAGAAAGAAACGUUGUCAUCAGGGAUGUACAACCAGCAGUCCCUUUUUCGUUGUCAAACGCCUUCUUCUGCAAUGGGCAUAGAGCUCUAUAAGUUGGACAUUUCAAAAUGUAUCUUCUGGAAAACGAUAGCACGAAAUGAUAGCCUAAAGCAUCUGCAAAAACCCUGUUCUCUUGACAAGCAUUGUUCUGCAAAUAGCGACAACCCUACAACCAUUGAAUCUAUCACAUUGCCAGCAACAACAACAACUGUCGGUUCCAAAAUAUUACAGACAGUUGAAAAUACGGAACUACAACAGAAUGAGCUGCACAAUAUAUCUCAAGAGAUAGGAGAUAUAUCUAACUAUACCAAGGCUAGCUUCAUGGCUACAUGGACUGAUACAAUCUCUUUCAGUCAAUUGGGGAAUUCAACGCCAGUGUCUACGCAAAAAUCAGAAGCGUAUAGCAUUAGUGUAACAAAAAUGGCAGAAACCAAACCAUCUCGAAAAGCCACAGAAGAGACAACAGGGUGGUUGUUGACUACCAUAGUUGUUGUUGUAGUUGUUGCUUUCUGUGGUGCAUUGUUUGGUGUAUAUCGGGCAAUAAUGAAGAAACAAGCUAGCGAAAAUGCACACAUAAACAACAUGGCGGCUGGUAUAGCUUUAAGAAGCAUCCGUAAAGGUGACAACUGUCAGAUUGACAAAGUUGAUGAUGAGGAAAAUGUGUAUGACACGAUACCAGACUCCGCCGAGCCGUAUGCGAAGUCGUAUACGUUCGAUGUACCCCAGUAUCAUAUUAGGGAUAGCUCGGUUACCAGAGGUCAGGCCACUGAUAGAGUCACUGACAAUGCAGGCUGUAACAAUGGUGUAAAAACCGGUUCGGAUGUCAAGAUGUAUGAAACUAUACCUGACAAGGCUGAGGCUUACUCACAGUCCUAUGUUUUUGAUGUACCCCAAUAUCACCUUGGUGAUGUGCCACUGUAA